AUGGAGGAGAGGUUCUUAUGUGCUGAUGUCACACUGGCUGACGUGAGGCUAUUGGGAUCUGGGGGACCGCCUGCGCUAGCUGCAGCAGCUGUUGUCGUCCUUCCACAGCUGAAUGGGCAUGGGAUCGGAGAGCUGCUAGCCAGGAAUUAUGUAUUCAAGGCCGGAUUCUGCGCCUGGCUUUUCGCACAGACUGCCAAGAUCUUCACCAGGAGGUUGAAGAAGGGCGUUUGGGACAUCAGGGCCAUUGUGGAUUCUGGUGGCAUGCCGUCAUCACAUUCAGCGCUCUGCACAGCAGUGACGACAGCGGUGGGAUUGGAGUUUGGGCUGGCGAGCUCUCUGUUUGCUGUCUCCCUCUGUUUCACCCUCAUAACCAUGUACGAUGCCACCGGCGUCAGAUAUCACUCUGGGAAGCAAGCUGAGGUUCUCAACAUUCUGGUGGAGGACGUGAUGCAGGGGCAUCCAGUCAGCGAGCAGCGCUUGAAAGAGGUCUUGGGCCACAACCCACUAGAGGAGAUAUUUGAGGAUCCGGUGGUGGCUGCGGACGGCUUCACCUAUUCGCGCGCAGCCAUUGGAAAGUGGCUGAAAGAUGGUCAUGACACAUCCCCCAUGACUAACCUGCCGCUUGACCACAAGUACGUGUGUCCCAACAUGGCUGUGCGGCGUGAGGCGCUGGAGUGGAUGAAAGCAGACUAUCGCAAUGCUGGGGAGACGCCCGCAGAAGCAGCUGCCAGGAACGUCCUGAGGGAGCUCAAGAUUGAGAUUGCCCCCAACCGCUUCAAGUACCUGUGCCAUGCCUCUCUGCUGUGGCAGUUCAGGCACCAGGAACCCAAAGGGAACGGCACGGCUGACGUGGCGCUUGCGUUCACCGCUGAGCUGUCGCCGGAGGAGCGGCAGGCGAUAAGCUUUGACACCACAGAGUAUGAGGAUGCGAAAUGGGUGGACCCUGCUUCCAUCAUCCAAGAUGCCUCCUUCCACACUGCACUGCGCAGGUCAAUGCAGCACAUUGUUAUCCGCAAGCGCACAGAAGAGCUGCAUGCAGCCGUUGAGGCCGCUGCAUCAGAUGAGGAGAUCGCCCAACUGGCGCGCGUCGCCAACCAGGCAAGCAUUCCCUCAAUAGAAUACCCAGCAGAAACUUACUUGCGGCUCUCCAAAAUCUCCAAAGAUGGCAUCUUGUGUGGGAUCCAGACGCACCUGGCAUACGCCAGGAACAGCGCGCAGAAGGUGCUCGUGGACAUUGAGCGCCGGCCGCACGCCAAAGUGCGCAGCUACAGCAGCAGCCAGGAGAGAGAACUCCUCAUGAAGGCUGCGCAGGCCGCGGAAACCGCCGCCGGCCUGAAUGCCGGUGCCGGGCUGGGCUCCUGGAUCUACAAGAGCCUUGGCCUCGCCAGCUGAGUGGCUGCUAUUUGACACGCCUUAUUCAAAUUUGAAUAUACUCGCAGAAAUUAUCAUGGGCUUGAAUGGCAGGGCUCCAUGCAGCCUCAAAGCGCUUGUGCUCCACUCGACACGGUCCUGAUGAUGACGCGUUUGUCAUCUUAGUAAGCUACUGAGAGGCUUCGCUUGAUCACACUCACAAAUCACCGGCCAUCAGAAACAAUGUCUGCGUGCUUUGGAAGCGAUUGAGCAUUUUCUUACUUGAAUAUUGCAGCAUGGUGAUCAUGAAGACCGGUUCAAAAUAUUGUAUAAGUUAUUGAAACAAUUGCAGCUUGCUAAUAAGUGAAGCAAUUUUGUUGAAGAAGUAGUUAAGAACAUCUGCACCAAAAUAAUGGCAAUUUAUUGAACACAGUCAGCAGUCUACACCUUAUGAAAUAUUUUAUAAGUUAUUGUCCAGAGUCUCACAUCGGUACUGCUGGCUUCAUUGUACAGCUCCUGAAUGGUCUUGUAUGCCGGUUGGUUCAAAUACAACUGUACAUGUAUACAAGUCGAUGUAACUCAAGGAGAGCAUCCGUAU